AUGUCACCUCGAUACCCACGCAGGAGCAAGGUGCAGAAGUGGACUCGCUAUACUCGCAAAGGCAACCCGUUGGGCCAACAGAGGAUGAAGCUGGUCUUCAAGUUCGCCAAACACAUCAUCCAAUCCUUCCAAAAUGCAGAGCAUGCCUACGUUCAGCCCUUUCUCGAGCCGGUCGGUCCAGAAACAGACGACGCCCCGGACUACUACACAAUUAUCAAGUACCCGAUGGAUUUGUCUACGAUGUUGGAGAAGCUCGAAGAUGGAGAUUAUCGCGACAUUGGUGAUGUCAAAACGUCCUUUGGUCGAAUGUUUGCCAACUGCUUCAGGUACAACCAACCGGGCAGUGAGGUCUAUCAAAGGGGCAAGAGCUUUAGACGGGCGUUCCGCAAGGCUUGGGUCGAGAAAGAUGACUGGAUCGAGGCACAAGCUGCUGCCUCAUACGCAAUUGGAAGUGACGACGAGAGUGAGGAUGAGGACAACAGCAGUGAAGAAGUUGUGCACGAGACAUCAGACGAUGAUCGAGUAGAAGACACGGGCGAGAUCGAUGAGGACACCACAGAGGACGACGAGAGAUCUAACACCAGUCUUCUCAGAAGACGUCGAAGAUAUGUCCUGGAAAGCGAUGAAUCUGAACAGGACGGCGCGCCCAAGAAACCCGAGCAUAAGAGCAGAGCUCGGAAGAAGGAUGGUUCGAAACAGCAUUUUAACACCACUAACACUUCAAACAAUCUCAACAUCAACAACAAAAGACCCUUGGACACCACUUCACCGACCGAAGAGCAAAUCACGACUUCUCCUCAACAUCAAGCAUUCUCGCCUGAACACCCGACCAAAACACAACUACCCUCCUCUCCUGAGAACCAAGCAGUGUCGCCUGAACACCAAGCCAAAAGACCUCGUCUACAAUCCAACCCCGAAACCCCUCCCCGUACUCCGACUCAACGACCAUCAACUCGACUACCACCAUCCCCACUACCACCAACCCAACAACAGCCAACUCAACAACCACUUACUCACCAAUCACCUACAACUCGGCCAUCGCCUCUAACUCAACAACUAACCCAAGAGUCCCCACAACAGCCCAUCCCAGAAGAAAACUCUCCUCACCUCAUUGCUUUCCAAACCACGCUCUCCGGACUGGUCACGACACGAAUCACCGCCCUCGCCACUAGCGUCACCGCAAACACCUCCGGAGAACUCACCCAGCAUCAAGGAUUUUGGAAUCUGCUCUACAGCCAAGAAAGACGCGCAAUAUUCGAGCAGGUCUGCAAGGCCAAAGUCAUGCCAAAGGUCCACCGAAUGCAGAUUCAGGAGAUAUAUGGCGGAGCAAUCGGGAAGGAGGUCAAGUCGGCUUUCGAAGAGACGGUUACAGAGCGAACUCAGGUGUUGUGCGAGGAAAACACUCGGGAGUGGACUUUGCGUGGUGCUGGCCUUUCGAGGGUUUUUGGUAGACAGGGUGGAGGCAUGGAGAAUGCGUAG